AUGUUCAAUCAACUCUUGGAAUUCAGAAAUCAAAAGCUUUUAGUUUAAGCCCUCUCUAAUAAAAUUCACGAAACGGAAUAUUUUUAGAAGACUGGAAAACUUUAUUAAUAUGGGAAUAAUGAAGAAUUCUCCAUAGACGGAUAAUAAUUAAUUGAAUUCUAUUUUUAUGACUAUAUGCUACUUUAAGGAUUUCCAAACUAAUAAAGUUAAUUUAAAAAGCCUAGUGAUAUUAUUUAAUUAAGAUAGAGAUUGAUUAAUGAUAAAUAUCUAUCAGAAAUAGCAACUUUAUUAAAUUUAUAAAAUCUAGUCAGUGUUGGAAACUAAAAAUCAUUAAAAAAUAAUCCAAAAGUAUUGUCUGAUUGUCUUAAAUCGGUCAUAGGAGCCCAUUACUAUGACAAACAAAAUGAUCUUGAGGUACUGAGAGAUCUUAUUCACCCAAUUAUUGCGCAAUUAUUAAAUAAAGGCCAGGAAAUAGGUCUAAAAAAAUGGAAAUAUAACCCCAAAUCAUCCUUUUUAGAAUUCUUAAAUUAGUACAAAGGAUAAUUAGGCAUAAACCCUAAAUUAACAAUAGAAUGGAAAAAGGAUGAUACUAUUUUAAAUUAAAAUAAUUCCUAUUACUAAAUAACAUUAGAAUUAAAUAGUAACUUUUAAAUUUAAAAAAUCGGAAUUAAUAAAAGAGAAACAGAAUAAAAUGUAUACUAAGAAGCUUUGGUUUAUCUGAGAAAGUUAAAUAUAAAGAAAAACGAAAGAUAGAAAACGUUUCAAAAAUAAACAGACAUAAAAUAAAUCUAAGUUGAAUCUGAACUUUCAACAUCCCUCAAUUCAACAAUAAAUAAUCAAAAUUUAUCUUUAUAUAGUUUUACUGAGUACAAUGACGAUAAAUAAAACUUGGAUUUUGAUUAAUAAAUUAACCUUAUUUUGGAGAAGUUGGCAUUUGAGUGA